AUGAAUAUGCAACCGGGUGUUCCUUUUCCUAAUAACAAUUAUAAUGCUAUGAGGCCUCAAUCAUCUGGAAAUGUUCAACCAAACACUUUUAAUUAUCAUCCAAACAUGAUGAAUACUCCUUUAAAUUUACAGAAUAAUCAGGUUCUCCCAGAAUCGAUAACGUAUCAAUUAAUGGAAAUGAUAAAUUCAGCAAUAUUCCAACUUCAACAACAAUCCCAGAGUCCUCAAUUCAUAAUGCCAUCUCCAUCAGUGCAGAAUCCACCUGUUCCACAACCAUCAAAUGUACACACAUCACUAAAUGAUGCUUCAAUAGCCCUCACUGAAGAUGUGGAAUAUCUCUAUCAAGAGUUUGAGAAAAUUCAAAAACAACAUGCAAAACAAAAGGAAGUCAACAAAUCUGUGGAAUUUAUUGUUAGGGAGAAGUAUCAAACACACAAAAAGGAGGAAAGAGAAAAGAAAUUGAAAAAGGAGAUUGCACAGAAAUAUCAGAAUCCAUCGAAUAGGCAACAUAGUGCUGCAAUUAAAAUACAAAGGUGGUUCAGACAAGAAUUAUCGAAAAAGAAGGAUAAGAAAAUAACUACUUUAAAACGAGAAGUCGACAUGUUGAAAUACCAGGUUCAAAGAUUACAAAUAGAUCAAAAAACAACGUUACAAUUGGUUAGAUUGCUAUUUGAGCAGGUGCAAUUACUUACAAGAGAAGUUAGGGAGAGGGAUAGUAGCGAAGAUCAGUAA